AGCAGGACUCUCCUCUCAAGCCUCGGUCUCCAAACUGCCGAGUGCGCAAGCGCGAAUUUAGCUUAUCUCGCAUUGAGAAGCGAUACAGGUUGAUUACGGGUUUUUUUUUCUUAAAAACUACCGCAAUGAAUGCAGCAGUGGUUAAAAAGACUCAAGACACCCUUGGAAAGGUGAUAAAGAAGCCACCAUUGACGGAAAAACUUCUCAACAAACCACCUUUUCGAUACCUGCACGACAUCUUCAAUGAGAUCAUCAGAACCACAGGCUUUAUGAAGGGGCUGUACAAGGACAGUGAGUUAAAGUCAGAUAAUGUCAAGGACAAAGAGAGUAAGAUGGUCUUCCUUCAGAAAGCAAUAGAUGUUGUUGCGUUGGUUAGUGGAGAGCCCCUCGCAGCAAAGCCAGCACGGAUCGUGGCUGGUCACGAGCCUGAGAAAACCAAUGAGCUGCUGCAGUGUAUUGCCAAGUGCUGCCUCAACAAGAUGUCCAGUGAGGAGGCAGUGAAACGAGUUCUUUCUGGAGAGAAGGUGGAUUUGAAGAUCAAACCCAGCACCUCCAAGUCCCAAGACAAAGAGAAUCGGGAUAGACGUGAACAGCAGUCAUCUGAAAGAGAGGAGAAGAAGAAGAUUGAGCGCAGUGGGAGCAGAGAAGAAAAGGACCCAGGCCAGCCCACAGAGCAGGAGAGACACCAUAGAGAUGGUGAACGAGAUCACCGCCACAACAAGGAGCGCUCUGGCAAGAAUCACCGCCGCGAACAGGACCACACCAAUGAUGUUGAAAAAGAAAAGAGCCGUGAGCGAGGACCAGACAGGGAAAAGGACAAAGGAAGACAAAAAGACCAAGAACGGGAGAGAGAUUCCAAGAGAGAAAAAAGUAGAGACAGAGACAAUGAGAAAGAAAAAAUAAGAGAAAGAGAUUCCCAAAGAGACCAUGAAAAAAACAAGGAAAAACCAAGAGAAAGAGACAAGGACACAGAAAGACAGAAAGAAGAAGAAGACAAGACCGGAAGUAAAGACAGACACUCUGGGAAUAGCAAGGAUAGGUUAUCAGCGCUUCAACAAAAAAACCUUGAUGACGAUGCCAGGAAAACAGUGCCAGCUGACCAAGUGCCAGCUGAUGAGCCGGCAGAGAAUGUUGAAAACCAGUCUGAGAGUCCAGCACGACUGCCUAGACCUUCAUCUGCCAAAGGGCAAAGGAGGAAGCCAAGAAUUGACGGACAAGGUGAAUCUGACAGUGAGGGAGACGCAGAUCCACAGGUGGUGCAGGGACCAGCUCCCAAGGAAAGUGGGGAUGGAGGUUCCUCAUUUUCAUCUGAAAUGGCCUCUAGUAAACGAAUGGCGCGGCCCAGCAGUGCUCGUCCUGCUCCUCCUCGAGUUAAGAAACGGGAAGAUUUCAAUGAAGGGGUUUCAGCUGAGAGGGUUCCUAGUGCCAAGUCAUCAGUCAUCAGAGAUGGAAAGAAGCUAUCUGACGAGGAGGAGGAGGAAGAUGAGCAGUUUCUUGUGGCAGAGGCGGCUCCUGAACCUGCAGAUGCUACCGAUAAGGAGUUGGGAUCUGCACAAGACCUUAAUAGUGAAGAAAAACAUGGUGGACUUGUGAAAAAGAUUUUGGAGACCAAGAAAGACUAUGAGUCAUUACCAUCCUCCAGCAAAUCGAAAGAGGCGGAGAGGCAGGACUAUCAAUGAGUUCUAUCAGUCCUGGAUGGUAAUUGUGUGGGUCACUUUGAAAUGUUCCGUGGAGCGCUGGUUAUUAUCACAAAAAAGGAUGUAAACAAAUGGAGUUUAGAGGUGUAAUUAUGCUGCCUUGGAGCCACAAAAAUGUUCCCCUUCAGUGAAGCUGAAGGUCUCAUACCCUGACAAUCUAGUGUGGCUUCUAACAGACCACACACAAUUGAUACACAUAUCAAGAUGUCUGGAGCUAAAUAUGCUUUGGCCUUCCUCAAUACCUCAUAAAGGCCCACAUAAAAAAACGAUAGACAUCACUGCUUUGUGUAUAAUUCUGGAAGUAUCUAGUUUUAUAACGGAUGUUUUAGAUCAGUGCUUCUCAACUGGUUUGGCUGUGGGACCCACCAUCAUGCCUUAAUGACAAGUCGAUUUUUUCAAUUAUCCAUCCAUCUAUUCUAUAUGUCAUUCAUCCUCACUAGGGUCACUAGGGUUGUACAGUGAAUAAAAAUUCCAGCAUUUACCAUUUUAGAGCCUUUACUUUGAAGAAUGGUUAAACUAAACAUCCAGAAAUAAAGCAUGGCACUUAGAACAUACAUUAAACACAAACUAAUUUCGGUGUAACAUUCAACACGAUGUGCAUGUUCAUUUACAAUGAAAAUCUUAUACAUGCGCUAGCAAUUAGCAUUACCAAUUUUACAUGACAAUUUCAAACACCUCCCACAUGUGACAAUGAAAUGGACAAUUAAGAUGUAUAUUUCACUUAAACAGCUGAUCUACACCAAUCAUAAAAUACAGGCAGGCACAUUCAACAGUUUAACGGCAACUGAAUUCGAACAAAUGUCUUGUAGCAGCGGAGCAUUUAUUCCACCUAUUGGAGUACUAACUAAUAAGCCUGCUGACGCCCCUUCAGAUCCCCUUUUUUGUAUUUAAAGACAAAAAAAGGAUGUGUCUAUUUCUACAUCUUGACUCAUGAAUGACCAUAUGUCAGCAAUAUUCCUUUGUUGCUUUAAGUGUGAACUGCUGCAAGAGUUUUGUCUGUAUUGUGGGGAGCAAGGCCAUCUGCUUUGGGUGGUCCUCGUCAUUGAAGCACAUUUUCGUUGCAUUCCUUUCUCACCGCCCACCCGAACACGAGUGUGUGCACUGUCAGUCAUGUAGACAGUUAUCCCACAACAUCUGACAUCAUAACUCUCACCUAAAGUUAGCUGUCAGUAAGCUUCAUAGAAAUGUGAUUUCAUUUACACAACAAGCAUGUUGUAUUGGCUUUUUUUUUACCCUCAACCCUUCUUUUCUAGAAUGUAUUUAUCCAAAUAUAGUCUUUGUUAAAUGUGAAAAUGGCCUUGGUUUGUCCUAAUUCAAAUGUUUCAGUUUUCAGAGUCUAAACAGAUAUUUCAGACAAUCCUGUGGGUUGCAAAGAUAUAUAUUGGUACACGUAUGUCUGCACAUAAGUUAUGUUCACGCCACCCCUCCCUUGUUACCAGCCUUGCCUCGUCAGCUGCAUAAAUGACUUCCUUCCUGACAUUAAAGUGUGGAGAGGUCAGUUUAAUUGAGUCAUUUUUCCCCCUUGUAAUCAUGGCAAAACGUGCUAGGUCAAAAAUGUAAAUAUUGAACUUCCUCAUUCCAUGUGGUAUGUCAAGUUUUAAAUUUCACCUGCCACAAUUCAUUUUUUGUAACUUGCUGGUCUAAAACAAGUGAGUCACAGACCACUUUCACUUCUGAAUCAGCGCAAAAACAUUGGCAUUUUUACCAUUAAGUUUCUCAAAUUCCCCAGCCAGCCAACUCCAUUUCAUAACUGUUUCAGUAAAGAAACAUAUUGAAUGAUCAAAGUAUAUCAUGUGUUUGUGGCAUAAGAAUGUGUUGUAUAUUUAGUGGGGAUGGCCUGCUCCUGACCCCUUGCCUGCAUUGUAUAUUUUUCCAAGAUACUUCUCCUUUUACUUACACAGAAUUUGCCCCUUGCAGCAGCUGCGUUUUCAUAAGAUUUUUUUGUGUGUACUCCUUGCUCCCCUCUUCGUUACCCCUUUCAAAUUAGGCUUGAUGAAGGUUUGUAAUGUAUAAAUAAACCCUGUGGCACACAAAUGGAUGACUGUUGAGUGAGAGUCACAGAGAAGGGCCAGAAUAUGCUGUAGAAUUGUCAAGAAAAUAAAUAUUCUGCUCCUUACCCUGUGUCUUCAUAAACAUCGUGGCCUUUUCUGUAUUUCUGGACACAUAAGAAAAUGCCAGUGACAUUCAAUUAAUCAUCUUAGCUCUGUAGAUGCUUAAUGACAUUGUUUGGCUAGAUGUUAGACUAGUCACCAGUGCUCCUUCAACUGUAAAAAAAUGACAGAUACAACCUACAUUUGUUGUUUUCAUUACGUUCACAUUUCUGGCGUGCCAGGUAAUUGGUUUCUUCAAUCAUCUUGCUCAGUAAUGCACACUAAUUUGUGCAAAAUAGAUGAGCUAAACUCAAGUCAUUCUGCCAAGGGUGGUGCAUGCGUUGUAUACUAUGCACUUGUAUCUUUCUGUGACUUUUCAGCACUUAUCAAGGGACACUUGCAAAUAAGAGAAACAAUGCCCUCAAUGCUGGCAAAUCAGUACGGUGUUUAAUCUGAUUAAUCACAUUUUGCCAAAUUAAUUAAUCAUGAUUAAUCGCCAUUAGCAACUACAGUAUGUCUGAAAUAUGACAAUUUCAUCAACAGAAAGAUGCAUAUAAUGUAGUCACAGCUCCACAUGAACUGACACUUUAAAUCAUGAAAAUGUUGAUGAUCCCUUGCAUGAUACUAGUCUCUAGACACCAUGUCAUUGAAGUUGAAUUCAAGUUGAGUGUAUUUCAUGGGAUUUCCAUCCAUACUAAAAUACAGCAAAUUGCCAUACAGCAUUAAGAGUCUGUCCUUGAACGCCUCAUCACCAUGAUCAUAGAGAGCACAGUUAUGGUUAGGUCAGAUUCCGACACAAAGAAAUGAAUGGAAUAAUGGAAUUGUUGAUGUGUGUGUGUUAUAUGAACCAAUACAGUAAGUGAGUUUAAUCAUUGGGUCUUACAUCUUCGCUUUGGGAGAGUUCCUUGGUUCAAUAUGGCCUAUUAUUAGUAAAAAAUUUUUAAAAAAGCACAUUGAAGCAUAUUUUCAAGCAUAAAAUAGAAAUACAAGAAAUGAUGAUUGUGAAUAUAACAUUGUGAAUGUAGUAUUCUACAUUGCUGCGAUUGGCUGGCAACUAGUCCAGGGUGUACGCAAAGAGAGCUGGGAUAGGCUCCAACAUACCCGCGACCCUAGUGAGGAUAAGCGGCAUACAAAAUGGAUGGACGGUAUUCCACAUUGUUCACUUGGUAUCAGUAAUUAUUGGGCAAGCACCAAAAUUUAUGGCAGGAACAACAGGGUUUUAUUGCACGUUUAAAUAUCACAUCAGUGCACAAUAAUAAUAUAAUCAUAAUAACAACAACAAAUGCGUAAAAUUGCUUAACAUCUUCACUAAUUUCUUGACUUGACAGUUUCAGACAGUGUACCAAGAGCUGUGUUUUCGCCCUCGUCCUCCAUCCAAAAGAGCUGUACGUGUGUUGGACAAGCAAAUAGAAUGUACAUAAACAUGGAUAUUGUCUACACUAGGCAGACCAAACCAAAAGCCUGAAUGAACCACAGUGUUUGUUUAGCUGCAGGGUUCUCACCCAGUGGAAAGCCACCCACCUAGAUGGAGGACCACAGGACUGGGGCUUUCCAACCCUCACACUCAGGAACCACCUCAAAUGGGUCACAAAAUAGAUGGCGAACACUCAGACGUAAUGUCAUGUUCUGCAAUGUGGUCCUUCUGUAGUCAUGUUGUUUGUAUUUACUGAACUAUUCAGUUUCCUGAAGUAGUGGCUCAGUAAAGCAAAUAUCAUGUACCUCAUGGACCACACCCUAUUCCUGAGUGGGCUCUGAGUAGGUGCAUGUUUGGUAGAAAAGCUGUCAUUUGGCUUGUUGUCACAAGCACAAUGUCUUCUACCUCUUCAUGGCAGGUGUCUGCAGAGCCAGGCAGACAUUAACUUGAGCCUUGAGUUGAACUUGAAAGGAGGACUAAGUGUGGCAGUUGUUAUUCAAUACUGUAGUAAAAUAACCCUGCUGCCACAGCUUGUUACUAAAAUAAAUAAGAACUAUGACUGCAGGUGCUUAGGCUGCGUAUGUGUGUGUAAAUGAGUGUUUAUGUCUGCAUGGAUAUGUGUGGCUUCAGGGUUGUCGUAUUUUACUCACAUAUAUGCUCACUUUAAGCAAUGAUGCCCAGCUGAACAAACAUCCUUGGGUUUGCAGCCUGUUAAGCGAGGUACCCCUAAUUUUUGUCAACCAAUCAUCGUACCUGAGGCCUUUGGCACCAAGCGAGCCAGCCCUCCGACUUAUACCAACACAAUCAAACCAUACCUUUUGAUCUUUAUAUACACAACAAGGUUUGUGUUGAGCAGUCUUGCUCAACAUUUUUAGAAACCACAAAAUACCACUUUGCUCUAAACUAAUGGCAUUCGUUUAUUAAGGAAGUCUGGUUUUGAUUUGAUAUGAUCGCUUGUUAUACAUUUGAAUAACCACAGAUGAAUUUCACUUUUCCUGACAUUUUAUC